AUGGCGCCCCCAGGUUUCCCACAGGCCCCCUCCUGUAGACCAGCUGGCCCUUCCCUCAGUGACGACUCAAAGUCUAAUUUGAAGAGCUCUCUGGGGACAUUCCUCUCCCUGGGUGGCGGGAAGGGGCGGAGGGAAGAGGCCAGCAGCUCUCAGGGGAGUCGUCGGAAUGCUGGGAGCCUGGGAACAGACCCUGCGGUCCCUGGGAAAGCCAGACUGUGGGAAUCCCACCGUCAGCCCCCUCCCCAUGAUGGGCCACCGGAUGUCAGAGACCCCAGUUCCCCAACAGGGAUCUUUGUGAGGGCUCCAGGCUCCAGGCCCCUGGCCCUGCGGGCCUGGGUUCUGCACGGCCUCUGGCUGGAGACUAAUGGCCAUGGAGGAGGGGUCGGCAAAGCUCUGAAAGACAAGGCUGGAGGUCCCCCAGAGGCUACAUUGGCUGGCAGGGGCUCAACAGGGGUGAGCCUGGCUGGCUUCGACCCGGGGCGACUCCGGGCAUCCGGGACAGCUUCUCCUCGCUGCCACCUCGCUCCCGUUCCGCCGUCCCAGCCGCGGUCCGGCUGGGGAAGGGGAGGGCUAGGCAAUACCCAGCUCGCUGGCCUCAUGCCCAGUGCCAACCAUGUCCCUGGGGUAUUCCAGGCUACUGCCUCCCAGGCUGACUUUAUUUCUGGGGAAAGGGCUAAAUCGGGCUCCACAGUUGCAGCCGGUCCAGCUCCACCCUGCCCUGCUCUUCUAGCUCUGGGAGAAGGAGUCAGGGGUCUGAGGCUCCGGGUUGGAGACCCCUCCUUCCACCUGCCCUCCUUGUCCGAGAGCCAAGGUGUGCCCGGAGAGGCUGAGCAGCCUGCUCCUGAGCUGGUGGAGGUGGAAGUGGGCAGCACAGCCCUUCUGAAGUGCGGCCUCUCCCAGUCCCAAGGCAACCUCAGCCAUGUCGACUGGUUUUCUGUCCACAAGGAGAAGCGGAUACCCAUCUUCCGUGUGCGCCAGGGCCAGGGCCAGAGUGAACCUGGGGAGUACCAGCACCGGCUCAGCCUCCAGGACAGAGGGGCUACUCUGGCCCUGACUCAAGUCACCCCCCACGACGAGCGCAUCUUCUUGUGCCAGGGCAAGCGCCCUCGGUCCCAGGAGCACCGCAUCCAACUCCGCGUCUACAAAGCUCCAGAGGAGCCAAACAUCCAGGUCAACGCCCUGGGCAUCCCUGUGGACAGUAAGGAGCCUGAGGAGGUGGCAACCUGUGUAGGGAGGAACGGGUACCCCAUUCCUCAAGUCAUCUGGUACAAGAAUGGCCGGCCUCUGAAGGAGGAGAAGAACCGGGUCCACAUUCAGUCGUCCCAGACUGUGGAGUCGAGUGGUUUGUACACCUUGCAGAGUAUUCUGAAGGCUCAGCUGGUUAAAGAAGACAAAGAUGCCCAGUUUUACUGUGAGCUCAACUAUCGGCUGCCCAGUGGGAACCACAUGAAGGAGUCCAGGGAAGUGACUGUCCCUGUUUUCUACCCGACAGAAAAAGUGUGGUUGGAAGUGGAGCCCGUGGGAAUGCUGAAGGAAGGGGACCGCGUGGAAAUCAGGUGUUUGGCCGAUGGCAACCCUCCACCGCACUUCAGCAUCAGCAAGCAGAACCCCAGCACCAGGGAGGCAGAAGAAGAGACAACCAAUGACAACGGGGUCCUGGUGCUAGAGCCUGCCCAGAAGGAACACAGUGGGCUCUAUGAAUGUCAGGGCCUGGACUUGGACACCAUGAUAUCGCUGCCGAGUGAACCACAGGAACUACUGGUGAACUAUGUGUCUGACGUCCGAGUGAGUCCCGCAGCCCCUGAGAGACAGGAAGGCAGCAGCCUCACCCUGAUUUGUGAGGCAGAGAGCAGCCAGGACCUCGAGUUCCAGUGGCUGAGAGAAGAGACAGGCCAGGUGCUGGAAAGGGGGCCUGUGCUCCAGUUGCAUGACCUGAAACGGGAGGCAGGAGGCGGCUACCGCUGUGUGGCCUCUGUGCCCAGCAUACCCGGCCUGAACCGCACACAGCUGGUCAAUGUGGCCGUUUUUGGUCCCCCUUGGAUGGCAUUCAAGGAGAGGAAGGUGUGGGUGAAAGAGAAUAUGAUGUUGAAUCUGUCUUGUGAAGCGUCAGGGCACCCCCGGCCCACCAUCUCCUGGAACGUCAACGGCACGGCAAGUGAACAAGACCAAGAUCCACAGCGAGUCCUGAGCACCCUGAAUGUCCUCGUGACCCCAGAGCUGUUGGAGACAGGUGUUGAAUGCACGGCCUCCAACGACCUGGGCAAAAACACCAGCGUCCUCUUCCUGGAGCUGGUCAAUUUAACCACCCUCACACCAGACUCCAACACAACCACUGGCCUCAGCACUUCCACUGCCAGUCCUCAUACCAGAGCCAACAGCACCUCCACAGAGAGAAAGCUGCCAGAGCCGGAGAGCCAGGGCGUGGUCAUCGUGGCUGUGAUUGUGUGCAUCCUGGUCCUGGCAGUGCUGGGUGCUGUCCUCUAUUUCCUCUAUAAGAAGGGCAAGCUGCCGUGCGGGCGCUCAGGCAAGCAGGAGAUCACGCUGCCCCCGUCUCGUAAGAGUGAAUUUGUAGUUGAAGUUAAGUCAGAUAAGCUCCCAGAAGAGAUGGGCCUCCUGCAGGGCAGCAGCGGUGACAAGAGGGCUCCAGGAGACCAGGGAGAGAAAUACAUCGAUCUGAGGCAUUAGCCCCGAAUCACUUCAGUUCCCUUCCCUGCUUGGACCAUUCCCAGCUCCCUGCUCACUCUUCUCUCAACCAAAGCCUCCAAAGGGACUAGAGAGAAGCCUCCUGCUCCACUUGCCUGCACACCCCCUUUCAGAGGGCCACUGGGUUAGGACCAGAGCUGUCCUGAGAACCUCACUUGGCCCUAGAAGGCCCGCUUUUCAGGGACCAGUCUGCCACCAUCUCCACAUUGAGUGAAGCUCAUCCCAAGCAAGGAGCCCCCGCCUCCUGAGCGGGUAGGAGAGUUUCUUGCAGAACGUGUUUUUUCUUUACACACAUUAUGGCUGUAAAUACCUGGCUCCUGCCAGCAGCUGAGCUGGGUAGCCUCGCUGAGCUGGUUUCCUGCCCCAAAGGAUGGCUUCCAUCAUCCAAGUGCACCACUGAAGUGAGGACGCACUGGAGCCAGGCACCUGCUCAUGUUUAAGUGCGCUGUUCACACCAGCUCUGGAGAGCACCCCAGCAGCAUCCAGAAGCAGCUGCAGUGUUGCCGCCACCACCUUCCUGUCUGCCUCUUCCAAGUCUCCUGUGACAUUUUUUUCUUUGGGCAGAAGCCAGGAACUGGUGUCAUUCCUUAAAAGAUACGUGCCGGGGCCGAGCGCGGUGGCUCACACCUGUAAUCCCAGCACUUUGGGAGGCCAAGGCAGGUGGAUCACAAGGUCAGGAGAUUGAGACCAUCCUGGCUAACACGGUGAAACCCCAUCUCUACUAAAAAUACAAAAAAAAUUAGCCGGGCAUAGUGGUCGGCGCCUGUAAUCCCAGCUACUCGGGAGGCUGAGGCAGGAGAAUGGCGUGAACUCAGGAGGCGGAGCUUGCAGUGAGCUGAGAUCGUGUCAUUGCACCCCAGCCUGGGCGACAGAGUGAGACUCCGUCUCCAAAAAAAAAAAAAAAAAAAGAUACGUGCCUGCAGUGAGGAAGCUGGGCACUGUUUUUGAGUUCAAGUGAAUUAGCCUCAACCGCCCGUGUUCACUUGGCUCCCACGGCUGUCUUGAUGGAUCACGUGAGUGAAAGGCAGGGGAAGCGGACAAAGAUGAGGUCUACACUGUCUUUCACGGGGAUUAAAGCUAUGGUUAUAUUAGCACCAAACUUCUACAAGCCAAGCUCAGGAGCCCCAACCUAGAAGGGCCCAAAUGAGAGAAUGGUACUUAGGGAUGAAAAACAGGGGCCUGGCUAGAGCUUUGGGUGUGUGUCUGUGUGUAUGCAUACAUAUGUGUGUAUAUAUGGUUUUGUCAGGUGUGUAAGUUUGCAAACUGUUUCCUUUAUAUAUGUAUAUAUAUGAAAAAUAAAGCUUAAUUGUCCCAGAA